AUGGCUUCCUCUUCUCUCUUCAAUGCCUCUCUCUCCUCCCUAAACCCUAACCAACACCCCAUCCGCCGCCACCCCUCUCCCUCCCUCCUCCGCCACCGCCCCGUCUCCAUCUCCUGCUCCGACAACAACAACACCACUCCCAUCGAGACAUCCGUCAAACCUCCACGCCGCACAGAGAACACCAUCCGCGACGACGCUCGUCUCCACCGCUCCACCGCCGUGAACCCCUUCUCCGCCAAAUACGUCCCCUUCAACGCUCCCCCAAACUCCACCGAAUCUUACUCCCUCGACGAGAUCGUCUACCGCAGCCGCUCCGGCGGCCUCCUCGACGUCGAGCACGACAUGGAAGCCCUAAAGCGCUUCGACGGAGCCUACUGGCGCGAUCUCUUCGACUCCCGCGUCGGCAAGAGCACGUGGCCGUACGGAUCGGGAGUCUGGUCGAAGAAGGAGUGGGUCCUACCGGAGAUAGACGACGACGACAUCGUUUCGGCCUUCGAAGGUAACUCUAACCUCUUCUGGGCCGAGAGGUUCGGGAAACGGUUUCUCGAGAUGAACGAUCUUUGGGUGAAACACUGUGGGAUUAGUCACACGGGGAGUUUUAAGGAUCUCGGUAUGACGGUUUUGGUUAGUCAGGUUAACCGGUUAAGGAAAAUGAACCGGCCUGUUGUUGGUGUUGGGUGCGCUUCGACUGGUGACACGUCAGCUGCUUUGUCUGCUUACUGCGCUGCCGCGGGGAUACCUUCGAUUGUGUUUUUGCCUGCUAAUAAGAUCUCUAUGGCGCAGCUUGUUCAGCCGAUAGCUAACGGCGCGUUUGUGUUGAGUAUUGAUAGUGAUUUCGACGGGUGUAUGAAGCUGAUUAGGGAGGUUACGGCGGAGUUACCGAUUUAUUUGGCGAAUUCGUUGAAUAGUUUGAGGUUAGAAGGGCAGAAGACGGCGGCGAUUGAGAUUCUGCAGCAGUUUGAUUGGCAGGCGCCCGAGUGGGUGAUUGUUCCAGGUGGGAAUCUUGGGAACAUAUAUGCUUUUUACAAAGGGUUCAAGAUGUGUCAAGAAUUGGGGCUUGUUGAUAGGAUACCGAGGCUGGUGUGUGCGCAGGCGGCUAAUGCUAAUCCUCUUUACUUGCAUUACAAGUCUGGUUGGAAGGACUUUAAGCCCAUGACUGCGAGUACGACGUUCGCGUCGGCGAUUCAGAUUGGUGACCCUGUGUCGAUCGAUAGAGCGGUUUAUGCGUUGAAGCAGUGCGAUGGGAUUGUGGAGGAGGCGACGGAGGAGGAGUUGAUGGAUGCUAUGGCGCAGGCGGAUUCGACGGGGAUGUUUAUUUGUCCGCAUACGGGUGUGGCGUUGACGGCUUUGUUUAAGCUGAGGAAGCAAGGUGUGAUUGCGCCGACGGAUAGGACGGUGGUUGUGAGUACUGCUCAUGGGUUGAAGUUUACUCAGUCGAAGGUGGAUUAUCACUCGAAGGUGAUUCCUGACAUGGCGUGUAGAUUCUCUAACCCUCCUGUUGAGGUGAAAGCUGAUUUUGGUGCCGUUAUGGAUGUUCUCAAGAAUUACUUAGGGAGUCAGAAGAUUAGGGCAUAA